CCCGUUCAGCUCAUAUCUCUCUCUCCUCUCGAAUCCGUCGUCUCCUCUCUCAGCCGCAAGACGAGUAGCCCUAGCUUAACUUCCUCCAUGAUUUCCGGCCACCCCUCCAACAGCCCUAGUCUCUCCCAUUUUUAACCACCAGAAUUUCAGCCACCACUCUCAAUUCUCCCUCAGAAGAAGUUCACAGAGAAAAUUCCAAAUUAAUUCCAGUACCAGAUCAUCGGCGAACUAGACCCGAUCUCCACUGCGACUGAAAUAGACCGAACACGCAGCGGCCGAGAGAGAACACGGCCGAGAUCAGGCCUCCAACGGGCCAAGCAGCAGCCAAACUCGAGCCUUAUCCGCGGCCAACAGCGACGCAAAGCCGGGACCAAGCAGCAAAUUACGGCGGGAGUACUUGACCGAAGAGCUUCAGUUUUUCCGACGGCUGAGGGCGGGCAUCGAGCAACCGAGGCUGAGAGCGAGUAAGCUGCGCCGGAGAGCCACGAGUUUGCCGACGAGUCAGACCGAGUUCCAUGCGACCGUGAGCAGUAGAUUUCCGGCGAAGAGGCCAGAACUGCUCCGACGGAGCUGCGACCUUAGCGAGCCACCACAAAGACCGAAGCUCUAGAUUUCCAACGAGCACCUUCUAGUCGCGGCUGAAAUCAGAUUUCCAGCGUUCCAGGCCGAGCCGACAAGCGUUGUCCAGCGGCUGAGGGCUGGCCUUACUUUGACCGAGAUAAGAGUCUGUUAGCGAGUCGAACUUUGCCGGAUUCUGAGAGUCGAGAGCCGAGAGCCUCAGCCGAGGCCCUUUUCAGACCCGAGACCCAAGCUUGUCGUCCUUACCUUUCCCGAAGAGAGGAUUAGGACAUAGAAAUCAUACCCAAAAGUAAUGAAGGAAGUAAAAGAUCACUGAGGAAAAAAAAAGACGAAAAGUUGCAAUGGAAAAGCUUUUGGAAUUCGGUAGGAAAGCGAUGUUCUAUGUUAGGGUUCUUUCGGGAUAUGAAGAGCGCAAAAUCAGAUCUUACAGACUGCAGCUCCAACAACGCCUUCAACAGGCUCAAGAGAGGAAAGAAGCUCUUAAGAAGGUUCCUGAACAAAUUAUUUUAUCAGAGGUGCGGAAAAUGGUGGAGGAUAUGCAGUCUUUGAAUAAGAAGUUGGAAGAAACAGAAGCAGCCAUUGAGGAACACUUUAAGCCGAUAGACAAGGAAGCUGAGAUUAUUAUGAAAACACAGCUCGAAGGUGAGGAGAAAUCUAUGAGAGAGAUGGUAAUGGCCAUGCAGAGACAAGCUCUACUCGAGCAAGCUGAAGCCGAAAGAAGUGCGAAUUCGCGAAAUUCUAACAAGACAGAUCAAAGUAUUCAACAACCAACUGGCGUGGAAAAGAAAACUGAGAUGGCUUAAUCAUGUCCGCCUCCCCAGUUCUUUUAGUGUAUCACAAUAAGGUUUUAUACUGGAUAAUUUUAAGUGUCUUGAAAUUUUAAUUUCUGGACAAUGCAGUAUGUUGAAGCAUGGAGAGCUUGUCAAAUAAUGACUUCUGUGGCAAGAUUGUGCUCAAGUGGCCCCUGUGUGUUAGUUUUCAGUUUUCACCAGUUUUGUUUAAGCUUAUUUGUUUUUUAGGGAUGUUUAAGAAAGUUGCCAAAGGAAGUUCCUCAAGUGUUUCUGUAAGAACUAACAAUUACUCAAUAAGUGUUUUAAGAUUAUACAACCUUAACUGAUUCCAGGCAGUUACUUAUUUUUCAUAACUGUAACAUUGUUCAUCAUUAUAGAAAAAUACAAAAUAUGCACUUGAUUGAGGCUACAAGGAAGCAGAAUUCUUCUUGGCUAUGGGCUAGUUGGCUGUUUGUGCUGAAGGUGUGUGGGAAUUGGAUGAGAGUAGAAAUCAGAACUGGCAAGGAGAUUAGAAUUUGGGACCAACAUUGGAUUCCAGAUAAGAUUGGCAGGGACGUGGAGCUUCUACCAGUGAUGAAUAGAGAUAUUAAAUGGGUUUGUGAUCUGAUGGCAGGGGUUUGGAUGUAAACAAACUUAGAUCCACCUUUACUUCUGAAUUCUGCAACUCUAUAUUGAGCAUAUGAUUCUCUUAAUCCUAAUUCAGAGGACAUUUGGGUAUGAGAAUUGCACAGAAAAGGGUUGUUUACAGUCCAAUCCACAUACUCCAAACUCAUUACAGAGAAGUUUCUUAAACAAGUCACUGCUCAAUCUAGUAGGGACAUGGAUGCAGAUAUGAAGGUAAGAGCAAGAACAUGGAGACUCAAGGUAAUGGGAAAGGUCAAGCACUUCGUUUGGAAGUGCUGUAACGGAACCUUACCAGUGAAUAUAAAUCUGAGAGCUAAAGGGAUUGGGGUGGAUCAUAUUUGCAGGAUGUGUGGAGAGGAGAGUGAAUCUGUUGAGCAUAUUCUUUUUCAUUGCAGGUUUGCAGCAACUGUGUGGAAACUGGCUCCACUUGAUUGGAUUGGGCCUCAAGGCACAGAAUCCUUUAAAUCCUAGUGGUGGCAAAUUUGUAAACUUGACAAGAGUGAGACUUCUGAAGCCCGUAUUCAACUAUCGACUUAUAUUUUGUGGUGACUUUGGAAGUCUCGCAACCUUUGGGUGUUUGAAGAAGUUCGAAGACCUGCACACAUUGUGGUUAGAGCAGCAAUCCUUGAUUGGGAGGCUUUUCUCAACAACAAUAGGUGUUAGGUCUCUUGUUUUGUUGCUUUGAUUUGUAUUUGUAUUGGUAGGGUAUUUGGCUCUUGUAAUAGUGUAGGCUGUUUUCAUGCUUUGUGGUUAGUUGGUCUGUUGUUGGGUUGAAGAAUAAAGGUUCGGUUGAGGGUAACCGCUUUACUCUUUGUUAGUGUUUUACUAGUUUGACAGUGUGGGCUCGGUGUGGUGCUCUCAUGUCUCGGCUUUCGAGGUUAUAUGGACAUCGUUUUUUUG